GUGUGUGUGUGUAAAUGAGGGUGAUGCAGUGCUCAAAGUGUGCUGGGAUCUAGUUGAGACACCAGUCUCAAGUUCCCGUUUCUCUCCCAUGCUGCCUCUCCCACUACUCUGUGAUCUGUGUACGUUUUCUCAUUUUCGCUUCAUCCUUUUACCACCUCACCCCUGCACAUUAGUAAGCAGUAUUUAUCCCCUUUUCCCUUUGCAAUGUCUCCUUUUUGCGUUGCCUAACAGUCACCUGCCCGCGACAUGGAUAUCGGAGGACUGACCACAGUGGUAGCUAAUUCUGCUUACAUCAAUGCUCGUGGAAGCAUUGAUGGCACCAGUACAGCAGCAGCUCGGGAUAAGAAGUACCAUUCUCGCCUCAAACUGCCCCACAUCACUCUGUGUGAGGACCUGAGGGACACCCUGGAUGUGGCCUUUGACGCAGUCUGCGUGCAACAGCCUAUCGGCAAACGCCUCUUUAAGGAAUUCUUGGAUUCAAAUACAGAGUAUCACGGGGCUUGCCGUUUGUGGAAAGACAUCGAGGGAUAUGACCUGGCGGAGGACUCAGACAGGGCAAAGAAGGCCUCAAAGAUUGUCGAGCGUUACAUGGACCCCUCUGCCAAACACUACUGCCCGUUCCUGGCUGAGGACAUCAUAGCUAAGGUGAAGGAAAGCCAGGAGGCUGCAAGCGAUGAUUUGUUUGCUGCAGCAUUGGCCUCAACGUUGGACUUUCUGCGUGAGGCCCCCUACUCUUUCUUCCUGGAGAGCUUGUAUAUGAAGCGGUAUCUGCAGUGGAAGUGGCUCGAGAUGCAGCCCGUGGAUGCAGACUGUUUCCUGGACUUCCGCGUGCUGGGGAAAGGUGGGUUUGGGGAGGUCUCUGCCUGUCAGAUGAAAGCCACAGGAAAAUUGUAUGCCUGUAAGAAACUCAACAAGAAGAGGCUGAAGAAGAGGAAAGGCUAUGAGGGGGCGAUGGUGGAGAAGAGGAUUUUGGAGAAGGUUCACAGCCGCUUCAUUGUGUCAUUGGCGUACGCCUUCCAGACAAAGGAAGAACUUUGUCUGGUCAUGACCAUCAUGAAUGGAGGAGAUCUCAAGUACCAUAUCUACCUGGUGGAUGAGAACAACCCGGGGUUUGAGGAGCCAAGAGCCUGUUUUUACAUCGCUCAGAUCAUCCAAGGCUUGGAGCACCUCCACCAGAAAAGAAUAAUCUACAGAGAUCUCAAACCAGAAAAUGUGCUUCUAGAUAACGAUGGGAAUGUGCGUAUAUCUGACCUGGGUCUUGCUGUGGAGCUAAAAGAAGGCAAAACAGUGACGAAAGGAUAUGCUGGGACACCAGGGUACAUGGCUCCAGAGAUGCUGAAAGGAGAGAAGUAUGACACUUCAGUCGACUACUUCACUCUGGGAGUGACGCUGUUUGAGUUCAUCGCUGCUAAGAACCCAUUCAGAAACAGGGGGGAGAAGGUUGAACGUGACGAGAUGAAGGAGCGUAUGCUCACCCUGACGGUGACCUAUCCGGACAAUUUUAGUGAGCAUGCAAAGUUGCUCUGUGACGGGCUGCUGGCUAAAGAGGUUGAUCAGAGGAUGGGUUUUAAGAAUGGAUGCUGUGAUGAGAUCAGAGCACACCCAUUUUUCAGUGACAUCAACUGGAGGAAACUGAAUGCAGGUAUUCUGCCUCCUCCUUUCGUCCCCGACCCUAAAGUGGUGUACGCUAAAAGUCUGGAUGACGUCGGGGUUUUCUCCUCGGUGAAGGGAGUGGGCUUGGACGACUCUGACAAGACCAUUUUUGAUGAGUUUUCCUCAGGCAACAUCCCGAUCCCCUGGCAAGAGGAGAUGAUCGAAACGGGCAUUUAUGGAGAGCUCAACGUUUGGGGUCCUCGUGGCAGCGUCCCGAACGACCUCCGCCGAGAGUCGAUACUAGAGCAGCCAAAGUCAUCAACCUGCUGCGUAUCGUAGAGUCUUUGAAACACCUUGAAAAUACAUCAAGCAUACAGACUUGUGCAGCAUGAAGACUCAAAUACUCUGGACAAAAGUCUCUUCUGAACUUUCUGAUUGCAGAGUUAAAACCAUUUGAGACUUUAAACUUUAUUGGUAAGCGCAGGACGACAACAAGAACAGAAUGGAGGUGGAUUUUCAACCUUGAGUGGACUUAAACAUAGAUUUAGCAGAAAGUAGAAAAAAAAUAAUUCAUUGACCUCUGCCCCCCCCCACAAUCCAUCUUCAUCUUCUCUUUCUUUGACUAUC